AUGGCCCCUCUUCUCACCCGCGUUGGUCCCCGCCGAUUCACUCUACCGAACGGCCUCGGAGAUGGGGACCUGCUGAUCGUCCUCGACAUGCUCCGCACCUACCUUGAGCAUGAUGCUCACCUUCGGUCUGGUACAGCCUCAGGCCGAGCUACACCUGCAGGGUACGGAGAUUUUGCCCUCUCCUUCAACAUGAUGCAGACAACCAACGGACAUACCUCUCGCAUAGCGGAGGAGUCCACCGAAGGGCCACGCAUCAGUGGUCCCUCCCCCUCGUUCAUUGACCUCGUCGGCGAAGACACUACCGCCGCCGUUCAGGCCAACUCCAGCCAACCUCCUCCUCCUGAGGGCGGACGUUGGAUAAACCCGCGUCGCGCUGAGCUCCUUGAGGAGGCCCUUUGGAUGAACCUUGAAACCUCUAAGAGGCAGAGGGAGUGGCGCGAUCGCAGCAUCGCGGACCGCAAAGCCGCGAAACGCGCCCGCCACACCGCUAGUGCACCCCCUACCAAUCCAACCAUGACCCAUGGAGAAGGCAGCAGUCGCGCACUCACCUUCUCCCCUACUCUUAACAAUAACUCCCCUCGCACACGGUCACCUCACACCGCGGGUACCCGGGCCCGAAUGGAGGUCGAUGACGAGGAUGAAACCGCCCCCCAGACUGGUAGACGGGUCGGAGAUGAGACUGGAAAGGAGGCCGCUAAAAGAAAGAAGAUAAAAGUAUUAGGAAGUGAUCGAGUUCAGAUGAAGUUCACAGAAUGUUCGAGGCCCGGCUACUCGCAGGAGCCGGGGCCGCUUCAGUUCUCCCAAUUACAACUAGGCUGGUAUCUGGUUACCAUUGCGCGAGAAAAUACUCUACGUUGUGCCGCCAUCUAA